UUACGCUUGGUUGAAGACUGUGGUAAGUACGCUGCUAAGGUUUAUGGUGUGGUCAGCAAGAGCAAGUGCAAUAGCCCGAAGAAAUGGCUCCCUCCUCCUGAUUUCGUGAAGAUCAACUGUGAUGCUUGCCUUAAGACCAAUGGCUGGAUUGGUCUUGGGGUUGCUGCUAGAAACACUGCAAGGGAGGUCCUAUUUGCAAGGGUGAGACGAGUGCGUAGCUACUGGCCACCAGACAUUGCAGAGUGCAGAGCCUUGCUUUUUGGUGUGAAGCUAGCUAGAAGAUUUGGGUACAAGAAGGUAAUUUUUGAGUCGGACUGUCAGCAUGUUAGCACUCGACUCUCAAAGGCUGCAACCUAUUUCACUGAUAUUGAUUUGGUGCUUGAUGAUAUUUUUUAUCUUUGUUCUAGCUUUGAUUUUGUCACUUGGUCUCAUGUUAAAAGGGAUGGGAACUUUGUUGCUCGUCACCUUGCUAGUUUAGUACUGUUUGGUGUUGAACAAGUUUGGGAGAAUUCUUGCCCUUCUGUAAUUUCUCCUUACAUUCUAAUGGACAAUCUGUACAUUGAUUAAUUUGGUAUUAUACGUC